ACUCCGAAAGUCAAUGGGAGGGUGGAUUGUUGGGGUUCCGCUUCUUCUGCAGAGACAGCUGAGAGAAACGGAUUUGCGGUGAUAGCAAGUCGUUAAGGAAAACCAAAUAGCCUUAGUUUGUCAUUUUAGGAACGUCUUUAUUAACGUCUAAGGCAUAUGAAAAUCAUGAUGAGAGAAGAAGAUACUGUAGAUAGGGCCUAACUGACCUGAGCUGUGGGAGCUGUUGGCUCCCCUCCUUUCCCAUCGCUCCCCUUGCCCCGACCCCCUGGACAGCCCAGACAUGACCACAGGGGAGUGUUGCCACCUCCCCGGUUCACUCUGUGAAUGCACUGGCAAUGCUGCCCUGUCAAAAACAGUGGAGGAGUCUGACAACCGUCGUGCGCAGUACAUCACCCAAGUCACAGCCAAAGAUGGACGACUGCUGUCAACAGUCAUCAAAGCUCUUGGCACUCAGAGCUCUUUCUCUUUUAGUGAUGGCCCCAUCUGCCGGAUAUGCCAUGAAGGGGGCAACGGAGAGGGCCUCCUGUCCCCAUGUGACUGUACGGGAACCUUGGGCACGGUUCACAAAAGCUGCCUGGAGAAGUGGCUCUCCUCCUCCAACACCAGCUACUGUGAGCUAUGCCACACCGAGUUUACCAUUGAGCGCCGACCUCGGCCUCUUACAGAGUGGCUGCGAGACCCUGGGCCGAGGAAUGAGAAGCGCACACUGUUCUGCGACAUGGUUUGCUUCCUGUUCAUAACGCCGCUGGCGGCCAUCUCAGGCUGGCUGUGUCUGCGGGGUGCCCAAGACCACCUGCACUUCAACAGCCGCCUGGAGGCUGUGGGCCUCAUAGCACUCACCAUAGCCCUCUUCACCAUCUACGUCCUCUGGACUCUGGUGUCAUUCCGCUACCACUGUCAGCUGUACUCUGAAUGGAGACGAACCAAUCAGAAGGUCCGCCUGCUCAUUCCGGAUGCCAAGGGAGGGCACUCUACCCAGCAUCCUUUGCUCUCCACCAAGCUGUUGAAGAAGACGGCAGACGAAACGAUCGUAUGAGGGCCAGUCUGAGGGAAGGAUGAGAGUGGUGUGUGUUGAGUGUGCUCGGGGUCCUCGACUCACUCGAGGUCACAGCUGGAGCCGCAGCACUUGUGGAUGCAUUUUUUUCUAUUUAAUCCUUUUUAAUCUAAACUUGUGAGCACUUCAUUAUCCACCUUUUAUCCUUUUUUUCCCUUUUUUUCCUUUUGUUUUGUUUUGUGUGAAGCCUCUUGCUAGAAAAAAAAAAACAAUCGUUUGUUCACAGGGAAAGAAAAAGAUAACAAUUGGCAAGUUUGAUGCUUGAAAUCCUGCAUUAUCUGUUUUUUCAAAAAGAAAAAGAGAAAUAUGCUAACGAAAAAAGUAACUCACAAGUAGACAAAUGUGAAAUAAAUAGGAACUGACCGCGUGUUGCCAUGUAGAGAGGAGAUGCUCAGCACACAUUCAGUGGGAACUGACCAAACCCUCCAAAACAGAUUUCUCUUUACCCUUGUAGGUUGUUUCUUUAAGUUAUUGUCUAUUACCAGUGAAUAUGGUAUGCGUUAAUGAUUCUUGUUCCAUUCUGAGGCUUCAUAACCACUGAGUAUAAAAGAAAAGCUCCAAGCGUUAAUCCCUGCUAUAGAGAAACUGCUGAGGGGGUUGUGUGUGUGUGGGAGUGUGUGAGUAAGUAAGUAGGAGUGUGUAUAAGUAACUAAGUAGGUUUGUGUGUGUGUGUGUGUGUGUGUGUGUGUGUUUAAGGUGGUUACAGGAAAUCAGUAUUCAUCCAUCCAUCUCUGUGGCGGAUAUGGGAACUUGAAUGCUCUCAGCAGUGUUCGUGGUUUGUCAAGAUUCCAAUCUUUUUCCUAAGCAUGUCCCCAGUAUGUGUGAUUGGGGAUGGAGGUAGCAAACGUACAAGAGUGCAAUAAAAAUGCUAUAAAGAAGGCUUGCCCUUAUGAUACUGCAACCAACACACACAGCUUUGCAUGCAUGCACAAUUUCUUUGCUUUUAGUAUUUUUACUUUUCCUCUGUUUCCAUUCAGAAUGCUUGGAUGGUUGGUUUUGGAGGUCUUUGGAGCUGAGCGCUAAAAAGGAUCUCCUACAUCUUUUGGUGUAGAUGCAGCAAGUGUGCAAGUCGUCACUAAAUCUGAGGUUAGCAGAAAUAGUAAGAGGAAAUUGCCAAACAUGAGUUCUCUCUUUUGGAAGGAAUUUACAUAAGAUUUUUUUUUAAAACUCUAAUGUGUUAACUUUACAGUACAACUACAAGGAAAUCACUGAUUUCUCCCUCUUUUCCUUCCAUUUCCUUCACUCUUUCUCUCCUGCUUGCACUGUCUUUUGUGUGCGUUGGUUUUUCUACCAUAAUAUAUCUUUGUGCCGAUGCAUAUUAGUUUAGCCAGAGGUGGCGUAGUGUACUGCAGAAGUCCGGUUUGUAUACAUAUGGUUAUGUAGCAGUUUCACCCUCUUUGAUAUGCAGCUUCUCAGACUUUCAAAAGACUGUCCUGACUUGUCAUAAUCUUCAGUACCAAGAACGAGUUGUUUUGAACUGUUUCUCAAACCUUGCAACAUUGAAUGAUCGUGUCCUCUCAUCGGAUAACUACAUCAGGUUACUUCUCCUAAAGAAGGAUAUGCAAAAACACUAGCAAUGACCUUAAAGGUGGCCCUUGGUAAAGUCUGCGUAGAAAACAUGUCGCUACCACUGGAUUUUUAUCAAGGAAGUGCCUGGCGCUGCGGGAGAGUGGCAAGCCACAGUUCAGAAUGGUCAUGAGGACCAACUUGCUAUUUGGACCAUAGUAUUUAUGGUGCACCUUCUUCAAUUGGGUUCAUGCAAAGCCUGCAUCAGUGCAAUUUCCCAAUCAGUAUUUCAUUUGUGUGUUUUGUGUUACAUUUUUGCUUAAUUGAGUGUCCUUUGUGUCUACAGCACAGGUGGAAAAGGUCGACGAUCUUGUAGAAACUCUGUAACCCUUUUUUCCAUCCAUAAAUCCAUUCCCUCUUGAGGAUGUGGUGCUACUCCAUGCAAGUUCUCAUUUCUUUCAGCCAUCCUGCCUUGGCUUAACAGUUGAAAGCUUUUGGUCAUUGGGCACAGAGAAUGGGGUACCAUUUCAUGGUUGCAGACAGAGUCCUGAAUACAGCUGAUGGGCCCCUGUAGGCCAACGUAGGCUAAUGUAACCUGGUAUCCACCAUGGACAAAUGAGGAAAUGGGUUAAAGCUUUAUAAGUGCUGUUGCUAUGAGAGGAGACACCAUGUGGAGUGAAUCAUUGUCUGAGCUUCAUUCUGGUUUCAGUGCUCAGUCAGCUCUGUUGAGUUGAGCUCAGAGCUGGUUGUUAGCAUUGGGGAGAAGUGGUCUGGUUGUAGAAAAGAACCCCUGUAUCUGAAUACGUGUUUCUCUCUCUCCGUCUCUCUCUCUCUCUCUCUCUCUCUCCGUAGUGUCAGUGGUCACUCUAAAUGAUUCCUCUCAUAGGAAACUAAACUUUCGUUGUAUGGUUAAUGUUGUGCAAUAGUUAUUCUAGACCUUUGUUUUGUUUUGUUUUGUUUGUUUGUUUGUUUGUUUGUUUGUUUGUUUGUUUGUUUUUGGCAUUACAAUCACCAUCACCAGUAUGUUAGACUUUAGGGAGGAAAGACAUGAAUCUCUGAGCAUGGAAAAAAAAUAACAAACGGAUGUGCAGUGUCGGCCCCGGGGCCUUUAGUAACGCCCUUUCAAAAAAAAAAAAAGACAACAUAAAGGACAAAAAAACUUGUCUCUUGGUGUGCUUCCACCUGAAACGUUGGUUGCCUUUGUACACUUGGGGCCAACUUCUGGAGACUUUGUAACGUAGGAUUUAGUAACAGAGUGUGCAAUUUUAAUAACAUUACAAUGCAAUUCUUACCUGUAACCUUAAAAACACACACGCAUAUAUAUACCUAUCUAUAUUAAGAACGUAAGCGAAACCUAGAUGUAGACAACAUUACUUAUGAAGGAUCAUGAGGAGGACACCCAUGCAGGAAGAGAGGGGCGGGGCCAGCCGUGACGAAGGCACUCUGGGGCCUGUGAGUUGCCUGUGCUAUGCAACAGCGCUUCUGCAAUAGGUAGUGUCCAGGCCGAGUCCAUACUUCAGUGUUAAUCCAGCUGACCACCACAAGUCCUUCUCUCCAAAGAUGCAUGCAUGUUUUUUGUUUUGUUUUGUUUUCCUCUGUCUCCUUAGCUAUCUCUUCUGUUUCAGUAUGAUAUGGCACUUUCAGAAAUAUACCAUGGAAAAACAAUUGUCUCAUUUUUAAUAAUCCAUGUUUAAAAGGAGAUUUAAAAACAAUUGUUGAUGUAAUAAUUUCCUUUGUUAAUAAUCUUUGGGAAAAUAUAAACAAUUCCAGGUUAAUUGUAAAAUGGAAAGGAAGCAGUUAUAUUCCAGUGUCAUGCUCUUUUUUUCUAAAAAAAAAAAAAAAAAGAAACACCAUGAAUUGUAAACAUGUUUUUACUUGUCUUUGUUUUUAAUAUCUUAAUUUUGCCACUGUGUUUUUAAAUGAAUUCAUCUGUAUCAUUUGUAAUUUAUGUUCUCAAUUAUUUCAUUAAGCACAGGAUUUUUAUCACUCUAACAUGUUUUGAAAUGCUGUAAUGUUUAUGUUGUGCAGUGGGAAAAGAAGGUGUGUCUGUAAUGUCUUCACCAAAAUUUGUUGGUGCUUGCAAUCAGCCAAGAAAAGUGUGCAAAGCAAAUUAAAAAUGACGCUAUGAAUCUGUCCAACAGAAA